CCCAUGCUGCUCAAUAAAGCCUGCGAUCAUCUCUGGUCAAUAGGGCUGGGGAGAGUGCUGGAGAUAGAUAGCGCAUGUCUCAUCUCCCCUGCCAGCACUAGACGCUCGCAACACCACCAUCUUGCAUGUGCACCGAUCCCAGCGCCACAAGAUUCAGCUGGACAUAUUCACUCUGACUGUGGAGACUGCGGAAAAAAAUGCCCAGGGUGGAUUGUUAGGAGAGCGCUGUGUUCCGUGCCUUGCCAUCCUCCAUGCCUCUCACACACAUCUAACAGGAGAAGAUGAGGCGGAUCGGCAGGCAAAUUGUCUUGCUUUGCUCUGGCUUUUUGGGGCUUGCGCUAGGAGCCUUUCCCACCAGUGUACAAAUUGGAGGGCUCUUCAUGAGAUAUUCUGAUCAGGAAUACAGUGCUUUUCGUUUUGCAAUUUACCUACACAAUACUAACCCCAAUACGACUGAAGCGCCUUUCAAUUUGGUUCCGCACGUGGACAACAUUGAAACUGCCAACAGUUUUGCAGUAACAAAUGCCUUCUGUUCUCAGUACUCCAGGGGGGUGUUUGCCAUCUUUGGCAUGUACGACAAGAGAUCUGUGCACACGCUGACAUCGUUCUGCGGGGCGCUGCACAUAUCUUUGAUCACACCAAGUUUCCCGACGGAGGGCGAGAGCCAGUUUGUGCUCCAGCUGCGGCCAUCUUUGAGAGGGGCAUUACUUAGCCUGCUUGACCACUACGAGUGGACUAAAUUUGUGUUCUUGUACGACACUGAUCGAGGUUAUUCCAUACUGCAGUCGAUUAUGGAGAAAGCAGGGCAGAAUGGCUGGCAAGUGAGCGCAAUCUGUAUUGAGAAUUUCAAUGAUGCCAGUUACCGACGACUUUUAGAAGACCUGGAACGGAAACAGGAAAAGAGAUUUGUGGUAGAUUGUGAAGUAGAGAGGCUUCACAACAUUAUGGAACAGAUUGUAAGUGUCGGUAAACACGUCAGAGGCUACCAUUACGUCCUAGCCAACUUGGGGUUCAAGGAUAUUCCACUGGAUAGAUUUAUGCAUGGAGGAGCAAAUGUAACAGGAUUCCAAAUCGUGGAUUACAGUAGACCUGUUGUUACUAAGUUCAUGCAACGCUGGAAGAAGCUGGAUCAGAGAGAGUUUCCUGGAACAGACAAUGCUCAACUGAAGUAUACAUCAGCAUUAACAUAUGAUGGGAUACUUGUUAUGGCUGAAGCAUUCCGCUACCUCCGAAGACAACGAAUUGGAAUCUCAAGGAAGGGGAAUGCUGGAGACUGCCUUGCGAACCCUGCGGCUCCUUGGGUUCAAGGUAUUGACACGGAAAGGGCAUUGAAACAGGUACGGAUCCAAGGCUUAACAGGGAACGUUCAGUUUGAUAACUACGGUCGGCGAACAAACUUCACAAUAGAUGUAUUUGAGCUGAAAAGUACUGGCCACAGAAAGAUUGGCUACUGGAAUGAUGCAGACAAACUCGUUCUAAUUCAGAAUGAGAUGAUGUUCCCAAAUGAUACUUCCGGCUUAGAAAACCGGACUGUUUAUGUAACUACAAUAUUGGAGGGUCCAUAUGUUAUGCUGAAGAAAAACCAUGACACUCUGGAAGGAAAUGACAAGUAUGAGGGUUACUGUGUGGAUUUAGCUUCAGAAAUUGCAAAACACAUUGGGAUAAAGUAUGAGCUUAAGAUCGUUCCUGAUGGGAAAUAUGGAGCAAGAGAUCCAGAUACCAAAAUAUGGAAUGGAAUGGUGGGCGAACUCGUUUAUGGGAGAGCACAGAUUGGUGUGGCACCACUGACCAUUACUUUAGUACGAGAGGAGGUCAUCGACUUUUCUAAGCCCUUUAUGAGCCUGGGUAUUUCCAUCAUGAUCAAGAAGCCCCAGAAGUCCAAGCCUGGUGUCUUCUCCUUUCUCGAUCCACUGGCAUACGAAAUUUGGAUGUGCAUCGUCUUUGCCUACAUUGGAGUCAGCGUGGUACUAUUCCUGGUCAGCAGGUUCAGCCCAUACGAGUGGCACACGGAAGAACCAGAAGAUGGACAAGAUGAAUCAUCAAGUGAUCAACCGCCCAAUGAGUUUGGCAUUUUUAACAGUCUUUGGUUUUCUCUGGGUGCCUUUAUGCAGCAAGGAUGCGAUAUUUCGCCAAGAUCACUGUCUGGACGCAUUGUCGGAGGGGUAUGGUGGUUCUUCACUCUGAUUAUAAUUUCCUCCUACACGGCCAACCUUGCUGCUUUCUUGACUGUAGAGCGCAUGGUGUCACCCAUAGAAAGUGCUGAAGAUCUCUCAAAACAAACUGAAAUUGCUUACGGAACACUGGACUCAGGCUCAACAAAAGAGUUUUUCAGAAGAUCAAAAAUAGCAAUAUAUGAGAAAAUGUGGGCCUACAUGAAAUCUGCAGAACCUUCUGUUUUCACCAAGACCACUGCUGAGGGUGUUGCCCGGGUCCGUAAAUCCAAGGGCAAGUUCGCUUUCCUUCUGGAGUCCACAAUGAAUGAAUACAUUGAGCAGAGGAAGCCGUGUGACACGAUGAAAGUAGGAGGCAACCUGGAUUCCAAAGGAUACGGAGUGGCAACGCCUAAGAACUCCCCAUUAAGAAAUGCUGUUAACCUCGCAGUUUUAAAACUGAAUGAACAAGGACUCUUGGACAAAUUGAAAAACAAAUGGUGGUACGACAAAGGAGAGUGUGGCAGCGGGGGAGGUGACUCCAAGGACAAGACGAGCGCUUUGAGCCUUAGCAACGUAGCUGGAGUCUUCUAUAUUCUAGUUGGAGGCCUUGGUUUGGCAAUGCUGGUGGCUUUGGUAGAAUUCUGUUACAAGUCCAGGGCAGAGGCGAAGAGAAUGAAGCUAACCUUUUCAGAAGCUAUGAGAAACAAAGCCAGAUUAUCCAUAACUGGAAGUGUCGGAGAAAAUGGCCGUGUAUUGACUCCAGACUGCUCAAAGGCUGUGCACACUGUUCCUACCAUUAGACAGAACCCAGGAUUGGCCAUAGUAGCAUCAGAUCUACCAUAAAAACCAAAUACUAUUUGAGUGCCUUAAAAAAAAAUUACAGACAACAGUCUCUGUGACUAACGCGAAAGCAGCACAGAUUGUGACAACAUUGCAAGGAUCCUCACUUAAAGUGAAGGCAAAAAAAGCAGGGUGGGAGAGAACUUGCUUGAAACUGAUUACUAUCAGGAAAAAGUGUGCAUGAGCUAUGGUUAAAACAGCCCAACUCUGACCUGACAUCAGGAAAAUUCCAUCAAGGUUGCAGAACAAGGAAACUAAAAAUGUGAAGAAAUACAUGCCAAUAAGGAAACAAAAUCAUUACCAGUAGAAAUCCAGAUGUGAAGGACCCAUUGCUAGAAGAAAUCACACUUGGCUUUUGUCUUGAGACACAUUAUGAAAAUAGCAAUUAAUGAACAUAUUAGCCUGUGUCUAAAUUUCAGAAUAUCCAUAGAGUAAAGGGGAGUGAACCACUUAUCUUGGAAAACAAACCAUGGAACCAUGGAGGGAAAUAAUAAAUAUGUAAAAUUUGUGAAAAUUUUACUGCAAAUGUUAUUUUUUUCUUUAAAAAAGGAAGUUUUUUUUGAAAGGAACAAAACAAAAUGCUUGCUUUUUAAUGAAAGUAUGUUAAUGAGAAAAAAUUCAGUAGUGGAAAUAAAAAUCUUUUUUUAACCAUUUAGGGAAGAUUCUGUUGCAAUAUAGAGAAAUAAUGCCACAUCUUAUUAACGUAUAAAAAUAAUUUUGUAAUGAAGAAAACACAUUGUCUUCUUGUUUGAUGUUUCCAUUUCAUUCACUACAAAUAUUGCAUAAUUCAAACUGCCAUAUGUCUAACUUGAAAGGGAAUGUUAGUUUACACCUCAGUCUACAAUGUAUAGUCAAAACAAAAUAUUGUACUGUGUAAUAAAUUGUG